AUGCCCAACACACUACAGUGUCAAGAGGAUGAGACGAUCAAGUUUGAGUGUAACACAUUCAACUUGGAGACGAGAAAGCAGCUGCAUACUCAUCUCAUUCGACCUGUUGGCAUCGAUGAUGAUUCAGAUGCAUUCGAAGAGUGGGCCAGCAAGAUUGUGAGAGUCGAGUUCCCAUCUCCACUACUCGAGACAGGCAUUGAGAUCAUCGAUGUUCCAGGCUUCAGCAAGUCUGAUCAAGCAUCAUUGUUCAGCAUCCGCAAGCAGUUCUUCAAUGUAUAUAAGCCCACUGGCAUCCUCUUCUGUUACCCAAACACAUUUUCUGACGCCGAGGUGUUGGCUGUCAAGGACCUGAAUGAAUCACUCCCUGGAAACUGGAGCAAGACCAGUGAAUACUUCUUCUUUGCCAACACCAAGACAUCCAAGAGUGAGGUGGCAACCAACAAUAACAUCGGCCAGGGUGAGGACGUGCCACUCGAGUUGAUCGACAGCCACUCUGUCAACUGCUUCUCCAAGGUGAAGUCAUCAAGCAUCAGCACGCCCAUGUGUGUUGAUCAGAGACGAUUUGGAAUUGUCAAUGCAUUGGACUUUAUCAAACAACCUCGAUCAGUUGAGAACAGAUAUAUAUUCAAGCAAUUCAUCAAUCGACUCAUAAGAUGGAUGAUCAGGUUGUUCCAAUGUCAGUCGAUUAUCAUUUCAAAAAUAAUCUUUCAAGAGUGUCACUUUAUGACAAUCAAGGUUAUAUCUUUCUCAAAGUACAUUGGCAAUGAUAAAGACUUUGGAAGGAUGCUCCAGGAAGCCAAUGUGUUGGUUGACACUUAUUCAAAGAACCUAGGUGAUGCCGUGUCCAAGAUCAUCGAUACUAUCCCAUCAGUCAUCAAGUCAGCAUUCGCCCAGGAGUCCAACCAGUUGAUCAUCCAAAGCGCUCAUGACAACAUCACCAACACUUCAAAUAAUGUGAAUGAUCCAAAGCCCAUGAAGUACAUCAUUGAGGACAUCAUCAAGUUGGCACUCAAUCCAAUCGAUAGGCUCAUCAACAAUGAGAUUCACUCACUCACAGACAUCUUGCUUUACAAAAAUUCGGACAUUGUUCAGGAGCUGCUCAACAACGCCAUGGAGGCCAACACCAGCGAUAGUGUACACAAGAAAGAUGUUGUCCAUCAUCUCUUUGGAUCAAUCAAGAGCGCAAUCAGUCCGUAUGAAGGCAUCAUGCGACACUUCAAGGAGCCCAAGAUGGUAUGGAGCGAGUUCAACACACAGAUCAGGAAGUAUCCCGAAACGAUUAGCAUUCGAACAAUGAAGAGGAAUGCUGUACAGGUGGUACAGGGCAACAUAUCAAGAUUCAAAGUACAUAUCAAGCGACAUCACGAUAUUUUGGGACACAUUGUCCGGGCAUCCACCACGCUAAACAACAACAUCGAUACAUCAUUGCCCAAAUACAUAUCACUAUUCAAUGAUAUGUAUGCACUCAGGAGUCAUUUACUGCUCCCGUUCGAUCUCAAAGUCGAUCGAUCCAAGGUGGUUGCCCGCGGAACCAUCGGGCCAGUGUACAAGGGGUCGUUCAGGAACAAGUCAUUCAUGGUACAGGUGGUCAACUUUGCAGAGCUACCUCUAAGUUACCAAUUCGAAUUGACAAAACAGGUUAUGUCAGGAUACAACGUCGCCAAGGGUAUACCAAUUAUACCACUUCACUCAAUGUUCAAACAACAUUGUCAUCAACAACAGCAACAACAACAAAAUGGUGUAGGUGACAUUGAGGAGUGGCUCUUGGUGUACAAGAAACAGAGCCCUUUGUUGCCAUACCUCGAGAAGAAUAUCUCAACGAUGAGUAUCACUCAAUCAAUGACAAUGAUCAAUCAAUUGGCCAAAGCAUUGGAGUAUUUACAAGACGAGAGUGAUCCAACUCAUUAUAGGUUUAGGUUAGAGUCCAUUUACAUUAAUCCUAGCACAAAGGAUAUAUACUUAGCAAAGUUUGGAUAUGUUGAGUCGACUUGA